CGGCGCCGCGAUAAGGCGGCGGCGGCGGCGUCGGCUCGGGGACCACAGGCAGGCGGCGGCAGCUCGCACCCGCGCCCACUUCGCACUCGAGGCGCCCCCCGGAGACCAACCCCCGCCCGGCGGCCCAGGCCGGGACCCGAACCCAGCGGGUGCCGCGUCUCCACCCAGGCCUCCAUCACUUCCAACCAGCCAUGUUCCAGGCUGCAGGAGCCGCCCAGGCCACCCCCUCUCCUGUAGGUGAUCAGCCGGGUGGGAGGACACCCCGACCAGGUGUCUGGCUUGGGGAUGAAGGGGAAGCCAAAGGCGGUUGUGGCCCCAGCACCGUUCAGCGCUCCAAGUCCUUCAGCCUUCGCGCCCAGGUGAAGGAGACUUGUGCUGCCUGCCAGAAGACCGUGUACCCCAUGGAGCGGCUGGUGGCAGACAAGCUCAUUUUCCACAACUCUUGCUUCUGCUGCAAGCACUGUCACACCAAGCUGAGCCUGGGCAGUUACGCGGCACUGCACGGGGAAUUUUACUGCAAGCCCCACUUUCAGCAGCUGUUUAAGAGCAAAGGCAACUACGAUGAAGGCUUCGGCCGAAAGCAGCACAAGGAGCUCUGGGCCCACAAGGAGGUGGACACCAGCACCAAGACAGCCUGAGGCCCUCUGACCAUCCAUUCCCUCUGUAGAGGGCCUGCAGCAGGAUGGUGGGAAGUGUGGGAAGGAGAUCGGACCUGGGCUUGGGUGGGGAGGCAGGGUGGGAAUGGGAUGAGGCUGUUUUGCUCAGGCAGAGGGUUACAGGGGCAGGGCUCUGCUCCAGGAUUCCUUCUUUCUCAGUGGGUUGGGAUUUGGGAACCAGGAUUAGAGGGUUGCCCACCACCCUGCUCCCUGCUUCCUGCUUCUUUCAGCCUACCCAACCUCACCCCCUGGCUCCCUUGGAGGCCCCCAAGCCCAGCUUCCUUAUCUAGGUGCCUUUUCUCCAACUAGGAGUCAGCAUGUUCCCCUCAGGGUCCUAAGCUCCCUCACUGCCACCUGGGGUCCUGUGUGGCCCCCAUGUCUCCCCAUCUACCUCUGCCCUUAGCCUGGUUCUGAGCCAUGGAGACUUUGGAGGAAGGAGAGGCAGCAUGCCUUCUGCUGGGCCUCAGAAUGCCCACCAGGGCUCCGUGGGGGAGGGGAGGGGAAGUGAAGCAGCCCUGCCCUCCCUGCGAAGCAAGGCAGGGCAGGCCCCAGUGGGGCUUGGGACCAUCUCGCACCACUGGCAUCGAGCAACAGAAGCUAAAGCACCUGCCAGCUUGAGAGCCAGAGACUGGCAGCAGCCACACUCCCUUCUCUCCUGUUUCUGCUGGUUCUGUUGUGAUCAACCCUGUUUUAAACAUGUUUCAACGGA